GGCGGAGCGCGCCUGCGCGGCGGGGAGCAGCUCGGCGCUAGGUUUUGUGCCGGCCGCAGUCUCGGUCUGAAGGCGGCCGGAGCGGUUGACUCGGUGACGAUGAGGCUUCUGCUGUUUCUCCUGGUGGCGGCGGCGGCGGUGGUCCGCAGCGAGGCCUCCGCCAACCUGGGCGGCGUGCCCAGCAAGAGGUUAAAGAUGCAGUACGCCACGGGGCCGCUGCUCAAGUUCCAGAUUUGUGUAUCCUGAGGGUACAGGCGGGUGUUUGAGGAAUACAUGCGGGUUAUUAGCCAGCGGUAUCCAGACAUCCGCAUUGAAGGAGAGAAUUAUCUCCCUCAACCAAUUUAUAGACACAUAGCAUCUUUCCUGUCGGUCUUCAAACUAGUGUUAAUAGGCUUAAUAAUUGUUGGCAAGGAUCCUUUUGCUUUUUUCGGCAUGCAAGCUCCUAGCAUCUGGCAGUGGGGCCAGGAAAAUAAGGUCUAUGCAUGUAUGAUGGUUUUCUUCUUGAGCAACAUGAUUGAGAACCAGUGUAUGUCAACAGGUGCAUUUGAGAUAACUUUAAAUGAUGUACCCGUAUGGUCUAAGCUGGAAUCUGGUCAUCUUCCAUCCAUGCAACAACUCGUUCAAAUUCUUGACAAUGAAAUGAAACUCAAUGUGCAUAUGGAUUCAGUUCCGCACCAUCGAUCAUAGCCCUACCUAGCAGCACUGAGGACUUUUACACUAAGGGAUUUUGCAAGAGCAGCGGGACUGACAUUAUGAAGGCCUGUACUGAAGACAGCCAGCUGUUAGUACAGACCAGAUGCUUCUUGGCAGGCUCGUUGUACCUCUUGGAAAACCUCGGUGCAAGAUAGUUUUUCAGUGCUGGCAUCUGUUGGAAUUCUGCACAUUCGUGGAGUGCAAUAAUACUGUAUAGCUUCCCCCCAAGUUCACCAAGUUAAUAGUUUCUUCUUUUUUACAUGUCAUUAUUAUUAAUAACUUUUUUCUUAGUCUUGUUUGAGAAAAUAGAAAAUUGAGUUACAACUUGAGUUUUUUUCAAGAUGUCUGUUAAGCCUGUUGUGUUUUUAUAUGAAUUUUUAUCAGAUAGCUCUAAUUUGGCCAUGUUUAAUUUAUAUAGUUUUCAAAAUACUGCAGAUUGUGAACAGUGAAUUAUACAAGAUUAUGGGGGGGAAUCUAUUAUCCAGAGUACUCUACCAAUUUGUGUGUGUGUAUGUGUGCGUGCGUGUGUGAUUACCAGAGAACUAUUAUAAAACCAACUGCUUUUAAAAUCCAGUUGUGUAGUUGAAGUGUCUUGCCUUGACCAAUCUGAGUUGAUUAAUGGGCCUUUAUACUAAACUAAUAAAAAAAACUAAGCAGAUGUAAGUUAAAUGAAAAGGUUAUUUAUUGCUCAGUGUACCUGUUAACAUUAUUUUUAAUAACCAUCUGCCUAAUUUUUCGUUUGUGACUUUCAUUUGUGAAUCUCAUAGACGACACAGUUUAGAUUCACACACACAAUAAGCUCAUCUACUGUUUUUAGAACAGCUGAAACUCAACUCACUAAAUAAAAAUUCAGUUAAGCCUCUUUACAAAAUUUAUAUUAGGUAAUUAGAGAUUACCUGUCUAGUCAUUGAAUUCUUUUAACAUCAUAUACCAGAAUUUCAUUGUAUUUGGAAAACAAAUUGAAAAUAUUUUUUAAUGUUUUCGUAGUGCUCCUAGAGUUGUUAAGGGAAACUUGAAGUUGAUAAAGACUAAAAAUGGUUUAACAGAAGUGAGCCACAAUGUUGAAAACAGUUACACAGGGUGAUAACACUUCUGCAGACCAGCCUCAAAUUUGUUAGUGGAAAUGAAAGGGUUUAAGGAAAAUAUACCAAGAUUAGCAUUGGUUUUACCCAACACUCAAAUGUUUAAAGAACUAACCUCACUCCUGAACAUAUGUUGAAUGCAUGUCAGGCAACGGCUCUGGCUGUGACAGUCUCAAGUGGAAUCUACUGUGAUCUUCAGGUAGCAGGAAGUUAGUCUAAUGAUUCACUGAAGAAAAAUGAUUAAAUGUUAUACUUUUAAUUGGGGUUGUAGAACUGCUAGCCAGGUUCUCUGGUGAUAGACAAUGUAAUUUAAACUGAAAGUUCCUUAGACGUCAUUAUUUAUUUAUAGUGUUUUUUUCUGACUAGGUCUUAAAACCUUGUUAAUAUGAUUGCUUACUACUCCAGACUCCACAUCUUGUGAAGUUGAAUGCCUUAGGGGUUUUCAAGUAAUGGACAUUCCACUAGUGACACAGUUAGCUUUACGGCAUGUAGACAUUCAGAUUUGGGGCCACGGAUGGUCAAACUAUGUGAAGAAGCUAAGAGUCAAAUCCAGCUUUCUCCAUGUUUGCCUUAGGUUGAAUGAUUUGUCUUCUAGUUAAGAGGGUUAAGAGACUUGGACCUACUAAAACUCGGCUGUUUUGUUGGCACUCAUCUCUAUUUUGUUUUAUGCUUAGCCAUAUCUAAAUCCCGAAUUUAAUAGUCUACUAAACAAGUGAGAUGCAUGCUUAUAAAAAAUAUAUAAGGAAAAGAAGAAAGAAAACUAUUUAUAACCUUGUUAUAUUCCUAACACUUCAAAAUUUAUUAGUUGCUUAUGCGUUGGUGUAGCUGUGUAGUUAAAAAUGGCUGUAUGUCUUGAUUAGACCAUGGGCACGUCAGCAGCUGCUAAUGUUAUUUCAGCACAGUUGCCAUUGUGGAAGUUUUUUGCAUUAAUUAAAAAGAAGUUGGUAAAGCAUGGCUGUACCUCGGUGUGUAAGAUGUGCAGGCAAACACCCUCUCAGAGCAGGAGUUGCUGUGCUGGUUAUGGCACUAACAUUAGUGUGAGAGCUCAGCCUUUACGUCGGUGAGACGUAAUGGGCUCCAGUGUUGGCCUUUUCUCACUUGAAAGGUUUGUUUGGAAUUUGGAUUGGCUGGCAUAUUGUUUCAUUGUCAUAACUUAAAACAGUUCACACUUAAACAUUUUUAAACGUGGUUUGAUAUUCUAAGGCUUUUCUUUUUUAAAAAAAAAAUGAGAGACGCAAGUGAAGAAUUGUGAAGUUUGGGGACUUACGUUGUGGCAUUGUGAAAAUAAAUAAGCUGAUGUGAAAGGAGCCCUGCUCUGUGUACAGCACUUUGUAUGGUAAAUGUCCUUAGGAAAGUU